UAGACUCUUUUGGCCCUACACGGCUUCCUUACACAGCGUGGAUUUCAAUGACACUGAGCUUUCACAAGACAUUUCACUUCUACAGGCUGAAAAGAUGUCGUUAUCCUUUUUGUUCAGAACUGUUAUAGGAGACGUCGCAAAGGUCAGCAAUUGCCAUCAUGUACAAUCGUUACACACAGGUUGUCAGCUUUUGGUGGCUGAGAAAGCCCUCCUGAUGAAACUGCGGAAAAACACUGGCUACACUUUCAUGAACUGCAAGAAAGCACUGGAGAAGUUCGAUAAUGACAUAACACAGGCAGAGACAUGGCUGCAUGAGCAGGCCCAGAAGGAGGGCUGGAGCAAAGCAAACAAGCUGGAGGGUCGCAAAGCCAAAGAGGGUCUGAUUGGCCUGUUUAUAGGAGAUAAAGCUGCAGUUAUGGUGGAGGUGAACUGUGAGACAGACUUUGUUGCCCGCAACGAGAAGUUCCAGCAGCUGGUUAAGGAUGUGGCAUUUGCCACCUUUGCUCACCACCAGAAUAAAACCCAAAGCAAGGCAGGAUAUGUGAAGAGUGUCCUGGCAGGAGAUGAGUUAAGCAAACUCAGUGUGGGUGAAGGAGCUUCACUUGCUGACCGGGUGGCUCUCACAAUAGUGGUCGUAUUUCAAGGUGGAAAGGAAGGAGAAGAGAAGGUUUUAGGACGUAAGCUGGGACAGCAUAUUGUGGGAGAGGCCCCCUUGUCCCUGGGCAACAUGGAUGACCUUCCCUGCGGGGAAAGUGAGACACGCCUGCUUCCUCAGACCUUCCUGGGAGACCCCAGCAGGACGGUGGCACAGUUCCUCAGGGGUCAGCAGGCUCGAGUGCUGGACUUUGUCCGAUUUCAAUGUGGCGAGACAGCCAGUGAAGAAGCACAAUGAAGCGAGGGAAACCAUUUAUCUAAAAGGAUUUGUCAUAUGUGUUUAUUACCUAUUCAUUCUUGAACAUUCAGACGGUGUCAUCAUGAAUUUGAAAGCAGAAUAUGUAGGCCUACCACCAGUGGUGCGAUCCAACAAUAAAAUGUUUUGUCCUCAAA